AUGACCUUGUUUGAAAAUGUCACCCGGGCCCUGGCCAGACAAUUGAACCCUCGAGGGGACCUGACACCCCUUGACAGCCUCAUAGACUUCAAGCGCUUCCAUCCCUUCUGCCUGGUGCUGAGGAAAAGGAAAAGCACGCUCUUCUGGGGUGCCCAGUAUGUGCGCACUGAUUACACCCUCCUGGAUGUGCUUGAACCUGGCAGCUCACCUUCAGACCCAACAGACUCUGGGAACUUUGGCUUUAAGAAUAUGCUGGAUGCCCGAGUGGAGGGAGAGGUGGAUGUGCCAAAGACAGUCAAGGUGACGGGGACUGCAGGGCUGUCCCAGAGCAGCACCCUGGAGGUCCAGACACUCAGUGUGUCUCCCAAGGCACUGGAGACCUUACACCAGGAGAGGAAGUUGUCAGCAGAGCACCCGUUCCUGAAGGAGAUGCGAAAUCGAGGAGAGAACCUGUAUGUGGUGAUGGAGGUCGUGGAGACCGUGCAGGAGGUCACUCUGGAGAGAGCCGGCAAGGCAGAGGGUUGCUUCUCUCUCCCAUUCUUCGCCCCGUUGGGGCUACAGGGAUCUAUAAACCGCAAGGAGGCUGUAACCAUCCCCAAGGGCUGCAUCCUGGCCUUUCGAGUGAGACAGCUGAUGGUCAAAGGCAAAGAUGAGUGGGGUAUUCCACAUAUCUACAAUGAUAGCAUGCAAACCUUCCCUCCCGGAGAAACGCCGGAAGAGGAGAAGAUCAUCCUUAUCCAGGCAUCUGAUGUUGGGGAGGUACACAAGGACUUCAAGACACUGAAAGAAGAAGUUCAAAGAGAGACCCAAGAAGUGGAGAAGCUGAGCCAAGGAGGGCAAAGCUCCCUGCUCACCUCCCUCAGCAAACUUCUAGGGAAGAAAAAAGAGCUACAAGACCUGGAGCUCACACUUGAGGGGGCUCUGGACAAAGAACAUGAAGUGACCCUGGAGGCACUCCCAAAAGAUGUCCUACUAUCAAAGGAGGCUAUGGGUGCCAUCCUCUAUUUCCUUGGAGCCCUAACAGAGCUAAAUGAAGCCCAACAGAAGCUGCUGGUAAAAUCCAUGGAGAAAAAGAUCCUACCUGUGCAGCUAAAGCUGGUGGAGAGCACAAUGGAACAGAAUUUCCUACAGGAUGAAGAGGGUGUUUUCCCCCUGCAACCUAACCUGCUCUCCUCCCUUGGAGAAGAGGAACUGACCCUCACAGAGGCCCUAGUGGGGCUGAGUGGCCUGGAAGUGCAGAGAUCAGGCCCCGAGUACGUGUGGGACCCAGACACCCUCCCUCGCCUCUGUGCCCUUUACGCAGGCCUCUCCCUCCUGCAGCUGCUGACGAAGGCCUCCUAACUUUCCUUUUCCAUCUGCUUCCUGCUUCCCUAAUGCCUUCCCUACCUCAUUGUGUUGUGUCCUUAACACCCAAGGGCAUUUUAGAGCCAUCAGGCUGAGGAAGCCCUACCUGAGCACCCAAGAUAACCAAUUUCCACUUGUCCAACUCUAUAUCUCCUCCUGCCCCUCCGGCUCUGCAACCUGAUAAGCCCAUCAGCUGAUGCUUAAAUCUUCUAAAAGUAGAAACACUCAAACUUUUAAAACUAUGAACCCCUCCCAAAAUUUAAUUAAUUAAUAAUCAAUUUCUUAUCUCAAUCCCUCUCGCUUAUGCUUCCAAAAAUCAAGCUUUGCUGGCCUUAGUGGAAAAUAUUAUUUCAC